AUGGAGGCAGAAGACCAAAAUAGAGGAGCCCAAAAGUCGUUAAGCGAUUAUGCAUCACCUUCUGUUGAUGGCAUUGCCUCGAGUAUUCGUAGGCCAAUAGUACAAGCUAAUAACUUUGAGAUCAAGCCGUCAAUCAUCCAAAUGAUGCAAGCCACGAUUCAAUUUGGUGGCUCCAUUAAUGAUGACCCAAAUGCACACAUCGCCAACUUCUUGGAGAUUUGUGAUACUUUCAAGCAUAACGAAGUUUUUGAUGAUGCUAUACGCCCAAGAUUGUUCCCAUUCUCAUUGAGAGACAAGGCGAAAGCGUGUUUUGUGCAGUAUGAGAUGGAGACAUUGUAUGAAGCUUGGGAGCGCUUCAAGAAGUUGUUAAGGAAGUGUCCACAUCACCAAUUACCCAUGUGGCUUCAAGUACAAACUUUUUAUAAUGGGUUGUCUUCUACUAAUCGUUCUAUGAUUGAUGCAGCUGCGAGAGGUACCAUUAUGAGGAAGACACCUGAUGAAGCUUAUGAGUUGUUGGAUGAAAUGACAUCCAACAGUUAUCAAUGGCAAGCUGACAGGUUACCAAUGAGGAGACCGACUGUAGGACAUGAAGUGAGCAACAUCAGUGCUUUAUCCGCUCAGGUGGUUACCCUUAAUGCAAAGUUGGACAAUUUAUGCAACCUAUCCAUGCCUAUCAGGAGCAUCACUUGUGACUUAUGUGGAGCGGUAGGACAUGGUUCAGUAGAGUGCCAAAUGGGGAAUACUUUUGCAAGUGUGCCAUAA